AGCGGCGAGGAACAAGUGGUGGUGAGGAGCCGGGACUGGGGAGACGGUGGCGCGAUGGCGCCAGGUGUGAGCCCGAAGGAAACAGCACUACUGCGUGCUUCUCAGACUCGAGUACGGCAGCGUUUUACUUAUUCGUCAAUGGCGAGGCACUGAAGGUUGCGGAUGCGGAUGCCGCGGCGCUGGCGAAGAAGGACAGCGAGGAGAUCGCGCAUUUCUACUUUGGGGCGGACGACGGCAUGCGUGGCGCUGGCGGCAGCGUGACCGUGACGAAUGUCUUCCGGAUGAGCCGCCCAGAGCGGAGCAUUGGAUCCGACACACCCAACCACGGUGCCGGGUCAGGCGCCAAUAAGCUGGACAGCUCCGUACGUGCGCAUGGGUCUCGCGUGCUCUUGCUGCUUCUGGGGCUGUGGGGCCUUGCGGCUUUUUUACUAAGCCAAAUAAAGCGCUGCCCAGGCUUCUAG